GAAAGUGUAUUUACGGGGCCUUGAGUUUCACUGAGAUCCUGGGAAGGUGAAAUGGAGGGGUGUGUGUCUGACGUAAUGGUCUGCAACCUGGCCUACAGUGGGAAACUGGAUGAGUUGAAGAAGAGCAUUUUGGCUGAUACCUCUCUGGCUACUAGAACCGAUCAGGAUUGCAGAACAGCAUUGCACUGGGCAUGCUCAGCUGGUCAUACAGAAAUUGUUGAAUUCUUGCUGCAACUCGGAGUGCCAGUGAAUGAUAAGGAUGAUGCAGGUUGGUCUCCUCUUCAUAUUGCUGCGUCUGCUGGCCGGGAUGAGAUUGUAAAAGCCCUUCUGGUAAAGGGUGCACAAGUGGAUGCAGUCAAUCAAAAUGGCUGCUCUCCCCUCCAUUAUGCAGCUUCGAAAAAUAGGGGUGAGAUCGCCAUCAUGUUACUAGAAAGUGGGGCUAAUCCAGACGCUCGGGACCAUUACGAUGCUACAGCAAUGCACCGGGCAGCAGCCAAGGGCAACUUGAAGAUGCUUCAUAUCCUUCUCUAUUACAAAGCAUCCACAAACAUCCAAGACACUUCGGGGAACACUCCUCUGCACUUAGCCUGUGAGGAGGAGAGAGCAGAAGAAGCAAAACUGCUGGUGACCAAAGGAGCAAGUAUUUACAUUGAGAAUAAAGAAGAAAAGACACCCCUGCAAGUGGCCAAAGGAGGCCUGGGUUUAAUACUCAAGAGAAUGGUAGAAAGUUAAGCAGCAUGUAUUUAGUCUUUGUAUGUUUUUCCCCCCUCGCUGUCCUGGAAACUAUUGUACUGUACACAGAGCAUCUUGUGUGAAUGAAAACAUUUUCUUACCUUUGCAGUCUGACAACAUGUUGUGUUGCUCCUGCUCACGUACCUGUUCUAAGCUUACAACCCACUUUCCAGGCUUUGAACGACUGUUGAGAUUGUUCUACUGAUGCCGUACCUUGUUCUCCAUUAAAUCUUGA